AUGUCUGACUCUAAGGAACAAGAAGCCCCCGGGGCCUUCAUGUCUGUCCUGAAAUCAAGAGCCACCUUGAAGACCAAAAUUCACAGCAAAGUAUCGAAGAAGGCAGCAGGAAAAGACUCUCAGAAUCCGGAGGAAUUAGUCACAGCAAGCACCAGCUACUGGACCUCAGAAAGCGAUGGUGAGGUACAGCUGCGCAUGAGCAAGAAGACAAAUAACGAGCCUCCAAUCACAGUACCUGACAUGAUCAUGAGCGCGGCCACCAAGUACGCGCACUACCUGGCGAUCGGCUCCAAGUACAAGAAGAGCUGGCAGCUGCUCACCUACGUCGAGUACUACGAAGCCUGCAGGCGCGCAGCCAAGGCCUUCCUCAAGGUGGGCCUGGAACGCUUCCAUGGUGUGGGGAUCAUGGGCAUCAACUCUGUGGAGUGGGUGAUUGCCAGCAUUGGAGCCAUCAUGGCAGGUGGCAUCUCUGUCGGCAUCUUGUCUACCAACACUCCGAAAACCUGCCAGAUCAUUGCUGAGACCUCAAAAAUGGACAUCUUCGUGGUGGAUAAUGAAAAACAGCUGCAGAAGGUUAACCAGAUCCAGGGUUACCUGAAGCAUCUCAAGGCCAUCAUACAAUACAAAGAGGACAUCCAGGAAGUGCAGCCAAAUCUAUACUCGUGGAAAGGGUUCCUGGACCUUGCAGACGGCAUCCCGGAUGAAACACUGGACAAAAUCAUCGACUCACAGAAGCCUAACCAAUGCUGUACUUUGGUAUACAAUCAGAACACCACGGGGAUCCCAAAGGCCGUAAUGCUUAGCCAUGACAACAUCACAUGGACCACGGCAGCCACUGUUCACCUCAGGUACAAGUGCCCUCCUGAUGGCCAGGAGGUCCUUGUGAGCUACCUGCCACUCUGCUUCGCGGCGAUCCAGAUCUUGGACAUGUGGGUGGCCAUUUCCGUGGCGGGGACAGUUUACUUCCCCUCAAUAGAGGCACUGAAGUGGAGUGGGCUACCACGGGCCCCUGGCACGGGCUUCCUGAUGGAGAUGCUCCGUGAAGUCCAGCCCACCACGUUCUGCGGCAUCCAGUGGGUGUGGGACCGCAUGCUGGACAGUCUGAAGACCAAACACCUGGACUCCUCCGCCUUCCGCAGGAGGAUUGACCGCUGGGCCAUGCACAUGGGCCUGAGCACCAACAAGAGGCGGAUACUCGGGCAGAUCCACCAGCCGCUGUGCUUUGGCCUGGCCAAACGACUGACCUUCGAACCCGCUAGGAAGUUCCUAGGUCUCAACCAUUGCCACCAGUUUCUAAGCGUGGGCCAGGGGCUGCCGAGGGCCACGAUGGAUUUCUUCCUCAGCCUGGAUAUCCCUAUCAUGGAGCUGUACGGCUUGUCGGAGUGCACGGGAUUGCACUCUCUGUCCAACCCCCAGACCUUCCGGCUCCAGAGCUGUGGGAAGCCAUUUCCCAGCACCCACACAAAGCUGGAAAAGCAGAACCAAGAUGGAGUCGGGAAUUUGUGUAUCUGGGGCCGUCACAUAUUCAUGGGUUAUCUCAAUGACAAGGAGAACACAGAGAAGGAAACGGACAGCUAUGGCUGGCUGCACACGCACGACCUGGGCUUCUUGGAUUUCGACAGGUUCCUCUAUAUCCUGGGGGACAUCGAUGAUAUGAUCACCCUGAGCUCAGGUGAGGUGGUCAACCCGAGUCCCAUCGAGGAGCGUGUAAGGACACGCAUCCCCAUUGUGCGCUACGCAAUGCUGGUGGGCCAGGACGCCCCAUUCCUGUGCGCCCUCCUCACACUGAAGUGUCAGAUCAACCCAGAGACCGGAGAGGCUCGGAGUACCCUGACCAGCGAGGUCGUGGCUUGCUGUCGGAAACUGAAGAGCCAGUCCACUUGGUUGGCAGAUGUCCUAUAUGACCGUGACCCUUUGGUUACAGAGUUCAUCAGCCAGGGCAUCCAGGAUGUGAACGAGGAGGCGCCCUCAGAGGGUGCCAAGAUCCUUAAGUGGGUCAUUAUAGACAAUGAUUUCUCUGUGGCCGGCGGGGAGCUUGGACCCAUGAGUGAGUUGAGCAGGGCUACUGUGGCCAAGAUAUACCAGGAGGACAUCCAGAAACUCUAUGAGGCAGAUCCGACCCCCUAG